AUGGUGAACACUUCCAAAAUGCAACGGCAUAUAGAAUUGCGUAAAUUACCUGCAGCCUCCUUGUAUAACUUGGCUACUAUUUUGGAAAUUAAUAAAGACUGGCAAAAAGUUGUGCCCCUCAUACCGAAAGACUUGACUGCUGAUAAUUUUGAGCGUAAAUAUAACUAUGAACAUAUGAGAUUAAUGGAAAAACAUGCCGAAGACACAAACAGGAAGUUUGCUGAGGUAUUAUUCGAUGAAUGGGGUACCUCCGGCAGGGUUAGACCAACUUUAGAAACUCUCAUGAUGAUCUUAUACAAGGCCGAAAUAUUUAGAGCUGUCGAUGAAAUAUCACUCAUGCUAGGCGAGCCACCUCUACCCAGGCCAAGUGAUGGCCCAGGAGCCCCUAUUACAACAAAUAUAUCAGCACUUCUAAAUGAACAAAGUGGUGAUCAAACAGCAAAUACCACAGCUACAGUAGACAGUGGAAAUCCACACAACUCUGAUCAUGACCAAGCAAUUUGUAAUCACACAACAAGACAGCUGAAAGAACCAAGUGAUUUGAUUAAGUUUUCUGAAACCAUACUAAGUAAAGAUAUACCCAAUCUUAGUGCACUGCAAACAUUUGGUGACAGAAGUACUGCAUUAGUAGAACAGUCAGAUCUCAUUAAGUUUUCAAGCUCUAAAGUAAUGGCUUCAGCAGAACUUCCAGACUUCAGUGCUUUGAUACCCAAAGCUGAAGGUGACUCCAAAACAAUAUCUUCAGUGACUGCUACUACAGUCUCAACUGAACCUGACUCGUCUCAAAUUAACUCCACCCCACAAAAUAGUUAUUCCCAAUACACUUCUGGUGGCAACUUGUCAUCUGUGCCCAACAUAUACAGUGUUAUAGAUAAUGCUAUUUUGGCAGACAAAAAUCUAGUUCAAUUUGAUUACAGUGAAUUAGAAGCUAUAACUAAUGAGUUUUCUGAUAACUUUAUUGACGAUCCUGUGGGACCUGUUGGGAAAAUAGGUAGCGGUGGAUUUGGAGAGGUGUAUGUUGGUAGACACAGAAAACAUGGUCUUUUAGCUAUAAAGAGAGUGAGAAUGCAUUUCCAGAUAAGCUGUGAAGUUGCUAUGAAAGUAUUUAAUACUGAGGUAAAGGCUCUGUCUCUUUUAAGACAUGAAAACAUUGUUCCCAUCUUUGGAUACUCUAUAGAUGGAAUUACACCAUGCAUUGUGUGUGAAUACAUUGAUGGCGGCUCACUCUCAUACAAUAUUCAAGAAAGAGUACUAGAAGUCAAUGAAAGAAUGAAUAUAAUAAAGGGUACAGCAGAAGGUCUGAAAUACAUCCAUCAUAGUGAGAGACCUCCACAAUUUGAUGACAGUGUAACUCAAUCAGGUCUAUCCACUAGGAAGAGUUAUUUUCUUCAUGGUGAUGUCAAAAGUGCUAAUAUAUUGCUAACUAAAGACUGUGUGCCUAAGCUUUGCGACUUUGGCUUGGCUAAACAAUUAGAAACAACCUUUAUCACUACCAAGUCUAUGAUGGGAACCUCGGCGUACAUGGCACCUGAGGGCUUCUCUGGUACGGUAACACAGAAAAAUGACAUCUUUAGUUUUGGCAUAGUGCUACUUGAACUACUAACUGGUUUGAAACCAAUUGUAAUUGAGAAUGGUGAAAGUAACAAUAUAAAAUCCUAUGUUGAAGAAAACUGUGAAGACAAUGAUAUUACUAGACUUGUAGACAAGAGAAUUUCUAAUUGGACAAAAGCUCAGGAUAUAUUCAUAGUAGCUCAACGGUGCUUGCAACAUUUCAAGAACCAAAGGCCGACUAUUGAUGAAGUAUGCAAUAUGAUUGAUGAAAUUUGCGCAAAUUAA